GUUUCCGGCGUUGCGUCUACUGCCGCUCCUGCGUAGUAAGGAGCAGAGGCGGGGCCUCUUCCUCGCGUUCGGCCGCCGACGCAUGCGCGGUGCGGGCCAAGAGAAAGCAGCGCCAUUUUGCCGGGCUUCUGUGAGGAGGCGAGAGAGAGUGCGGAGCGCGGGGAAGACCAGGAGGAUAAACGGGAGAACGACCAGUGAGGGGAGGCCGCCCGCCCACCGCCAUCAUCUUUGCAUUCGGGGCGCCUGAAGCGGGAGGCCGGCUGGAGCUGAGCCUCCCGCCACCGCCGCCGCCGCCAGAGCCGCAGAGCGAGUCUCGCCCCCGACGAUUCUGGGGACCUGAGAUGGCUACGCAGUCAGUGCCGAAAGUCGUGCUUAAGAGCACCACCAAGAUGUCCCUCAACGAGCGCUUUACUAACAUGCUGAAGAACAAACAGCCGAUCCCCGUCAACAUUCGAGCCACCAUGCAGCAGCAACAGCUAGCCAGUGCCCGCAACCGGAGGCUGGCCCAGCAGAUGGAGAACAGACCUUCUGUCCAGGCCGCCUUAAAGCUCAAGCAGAAGAGCCUGAAACAGCGCCUGGGGAAGAGCAACAUCCAGGCACGCUUGGGCCGGCCAGCAGGGCCCCUGGCCCGUGGAACAUUAGGUGGCCGUGGGCUGCUGAUGGGCCAGAGAGGCUUGCCCCGAGGAGCCAUGCGUGGCGGGCGCGGAGCACGGGCACUGCUGCGCGGAGGAAUUCCCCUCAGAGGACAAAGUUUGCUUCGGGGAGGCCGUGGCCUCGCCCCUCGGAUGGGCCUGAGACGGGGAGGCAUCAGAGGGCGGGGCGGACCCGGCAGAGGCGGACUUGGCAGAGGAGCCAUGGGGCGAGGCGGAAUUGGCCGAGGUCGCGGCAUGGCCGGCCGGGGAAGAGGCGGCUUCGGUGGCCGCGGGCGAGGCAGAGGGCGGGGAAGAGGGUCUGCCCGCCCUGCGCUGACCAAGGAGCAGCUGGACAACCAGCUUGACGCCUACAUGUCGAAAACGAAAGGACACCUGGACGCCGAGCUAGACGCCUACAUGGCACAGACGGACCCCGAGACCAAUGACUGACAUUGCUCCCUGUAGACAUUUGGGCGGGGGUCUCGUGUAUCUGUGUGUGUGUGUGCGUGCGUGUGGGUCCUCCCCCCCACCCCUGUAAACCAGCAACCGCUGGAUUGUCCGGGGAGGACCUGAGGGGUGGAGAGGGGCUAGAACCACAACUCCGAUGUGUUCCUUUUACAUUUUGAUACUCUUUUUUGCGUUGUAUAAAAUGAGGCGGGGGGUGGGUAGUGUGAUUAUAGAUGCACACAGUUCUUCAAAAGUGACUGACAUGCCACCCACAGACGGCCUUCACUCUGAGCAACUCGGGAGCAUUGAACACCCCUGCCCCCUUCCUAAAACUGAGAAACUUUGCAUGCAUGAUCCCCUCUUCCCCAGGACACCCCCCCCCCCAUUAUUUGGAAGGUCUCUGGUGCUUCUGUGAGCUGUGACAUUGAAACGCUACAGCUGCUAUACUAGUGGAUAGCUAUUCACCACCCAGUGUGGCUUAAUUUCAGCUGUUUUCUGCCCGACAGCCCGGCUACAGUUUAUUGGUGUCUUCCCCUCUUCCCGAAAAACCCAGGCCCGGCUUGAGUUGAAUUCUCGAAGGCGGUGUGGCUGCAACUGACAUUUCAACCAUGGUGGUGUUUUGGCUUCACGUCCACACUCAUGUUGCCACCCUGCCAGUUGAAAUACCUUUUUGUGCGUGCGUGUGUAAGGCGCCAAGGAGGCGGUUGGUUCCGCCUCCCCCUCGGCCACCGGGGAGUCCUGUGAGUUUGACCCUUUUGCUCCAGUUCGAAUGGCAUCUUGUAUUUUCUGGUUCACUGUACGAAACAAUUGCAGGGAAGAAAAAUCUGGCUUCGUGUGUGCGUGUUUUUGUUUUUCGGUUAGAAAUGGAAUAUUUGACUGCUUAUAAAGAAUACUUGGAUUCUAAACAGA